AUGUUGAAAUUUUGGAUUUUCGGAAGCAAAUACCUACGCUACGGAAUUCUCCAUCCUAUUCCAUCUAAGCGUCUCGGAAUUUGCCUUCAACAUUUGAGUUCUCCGCUCCGCAGCGCCCGACUUCCCCGGAUUCGCGAAACAUUCCCCAUGAAACAAAAGCCGCCGAGUUCGGCUGUCCCUUCACUUUUCCUCCUCAGCCGGAGGGAUUCCGGCAUCGUUCUAUUCGCUGUAUGCUGUCUUCUCGAGAAUCCAAUGUUGACGUCUGCCUCACCAAAAAUCACCACAUUGCUCAAAGGACGAAUAGGAAUGCGGCGCUUCUUAGGUAUCUCGCACUCCACGCGCUAUUCCCUUGAUUCCGUCGGACAUCCUUACAUCUCUGGAACGUGCCAGUCACAAUAG